AUGAUUUCCGAAGCCUCUCACAACAUUAUGAUCUGCUCUGAAAUUGAUGGUGAUCAGCAUCAACAACAUUCCAUCCAUGAAUCAGUGAAUCAUUCAUGCAAGAUUUUAUUCUCUCCGAGUCCUUCAUCAUCCAUACGAGCCAUCGCGAAGAGAAUUUUAUUAUUCCUGGAUUUUGAAACAACUUUUACUUUGGUGCCGUAUAUUUGUAAAGGCUGGGCAUGUACUUUGUAUCCUUCCAUUGCGGAAAGAAAUAAUCAUCAUUCCUUGUUGUGGUUUAUGAAUCAUGGAGAAAGAGAGGAGGAUGGAUUUAUUGGUAGAAAUUCCAAUCAUGAUAGUGUACAUGAUUCGGAAGAAGAAAAAUCAAUUUGGGAGAUGUUAUUGUAUCGAGAUUAUUCAUCGUCGUCGAGUAGUGCCAUUAAAAAGCUCCUUGAAAGAAUUGAAUUUGGACAAGUAUUCAUGUCGAAUGAACAAACACGAAAAGAUCAUGCCACUUUUCAGACCUUGUAUAAACAUUUGAAGAGGGAUGAAGCAUUGGCACUGAGCGUUCGUCAUGUCAGAGCCAAGAUGUCCACCGCCGUUGAUGAUAAUGCUAUUACUAACAAUGCAAUGGAACUGAAUUCAGACGAUCGUCACACGGAUGAAGGAUUAAUGCUUGACGAUGAUGAUCAAGCUCAUGAAGAAAAUACUCACACCACGACUUCAAUGACGCUGACAACAAAACAAUUGGAUAGAGAGGCUCUCUUUCAUCUUAUUCAAACCUAUUCGAGUAAUAUUUUAAUGACCACAAUACAAAGAAUUGAACUUUUUGCUUAUUUUCUGAAUCAAGUAGAUGCAUACAAGACCACAGCUAAUUAUUUGGAACAUCACAAGAAAGAUCUUGAUUCAUUAGUGAACGACUUGUCAAUCAUUGAGGACACUUUUAAAUUUACUCGACUUUCAAAGCGUAUUGAGGAGGAAACAGAAGACGAAACCAUCGAAUCCAUGAAUAUUACUCGGCGAAGCAUGCAAGUGGAGGGAACUUUUGUGAAUUGGAAUUGUGAUUUUGUGAAAAUGACUUUUAUUAUUGACUUUCCAUACAGUGACUUUAAUCCUAAUGUUGAUAUUGACAUGGAUAUCUUUUAUAAUUUGGGCGAUCGAAUUUCCAUGUCUAUCACUGAGGUUGGACUCGAAAACUUUUCUGUUAUACUCGGAAAGGACAUUGAAAGUGUGUAUCCUUGGCUCAAAGGUGAUUUAUCACCAAGUGCUUUUGGAGGAUCCACUCUGGACGAUGAGGACGACGACUUCCGUGAACAGAAUGACUUUCUUACACAACUAGGAAAUGCCUUCAUUUGGAGAUGCUUAUUGGGAGCCAUUUCACUUCAAAUAGUUCCCAUUGUUGAAUAUAACGAAAUGACUUUUUCAAGAACAGACGACUUGUACUACUUUCUCAAGUUUGGAAAAUUAGAUGUUAUUCUUGAGUCCAUGCCACGAUUGGACGAUGACUUUGAAGGUUAUUAA